GGGAUAUGUAGUUUGAUAAGAGGAGUGUCGAAAACAAUAGCGGAGGAGUCUGGAUCUUCUCUCACCAACCGCAGGUGACAGCAAAAGGCUUAAUGAAGUGGACUCCCAUGCUUGUGCUGCUGCUGUUAGGGGUCUGCUCUAUGUUAUCUGGAGUAAGGCUCUGUCUUCAGUGUGAGCGCAUUGUGAGGCUGAUGCAUGAGGAUUUUGUCCUGUCUGAACCUGAUGCACUCAAACAGAUCGAGCUCCAAAAGAUUGUGGACUACGCUUAUGUGACCUUUAGAGAGACAAGUCAGAGUCGCAUGGGUGUCGUUGACUUCACGACUCUUUACAGAGCUAGAACAGAGUACCAAAGUGAAUUUCAUCGCUUCUUGAAAAGUACCACUGGAUCUACAAAUGAGGCCAUUCAAAUAAUGGAAAACGGUCGUGAGAUAUUAGCGCAGCACUUGGGAACCUUUAUACCUGAUGGAUUGUGUCCAAACAAGUGUGGACUGCUGAUUCGAAGAGUCCUGGAUUGUACCUCCUGCCUUUACAGGGCAUAUACUUGCCCUUCCCCCACUGGACAAGAGAACUGUGGAGAGUUCCCAGUGGAUGUAAAGGAGGGAGAUCAGGCAGUGCUGGACUGUUUUCUUCCAUGGCAUCGGCUCCUGUUAUCAAAACCAGAGUAUCACUAUUCAUGGGGAUCAAAUUUGAAGAGGAGUGAUUUCAAAGUGCUGGUAGUAACUCAGGAUUCAUCUGUGGUCUUAAAUCAGCUGCAUGUCGAAGAGGGAGGAACUUAUCAGUGUUCACUACAGAAUCAAACUGGAACAGUGUUUUACAAAGUCAAGUUCUUACUUUCAGUUGCUGCUUUACCAACAAACGGUCAGAAUCCUGUGGUCACUCUCCCAUCUCUUCAUUAUGGACACUCUCUGAAGUGGAGGGAGGCUCUGGUGCCAGUCAUAUGCAUUGUGAUCGCAUGUUGUCUAGCAGCAAGUUUAGGCCUUGCUGUUCUUCUUAGAGCGAUAUGGAAGGAAGAAAAAGUCAAAAGACUUCAAGAAGAAAAUCCAUUGCAGAAGCUGUUUAAAGAUCAAAUUUAAUAAAUACUGCACAUUGCACUUUAAACCAGCCAUGAAUGUGCACUGAUCCAAGUUAAUGUAACAGGCCAGCUUGUUAUCUAUAAGUAACCCUCAGCACUUUCACCCUUCAC